AGUUGCCACCGAGUUGGAGCACGCACGACCAGGUGGCUACUAGAGCUAUCAAAGCUGAAUGGAUUGUAGGGGAUAUAAUGGGUUCUAUACUGAUGUAUGAAUUCUAGGGAAAUAAAUUCUAGGGGGAUAAAUUCAAAGGGAAUAAACUCAAGGGAACUUAAAUAUACAAAUGGAGUAAUCUUUUAUUUAUGUUCUAUAAUAUUCGAGGCUAAACGGGGAAUUGGGGCUCGCACGAGUUGCCAGAAACUGUCACGCUUUGGUCUAAGCCUAGGUCCACACGUAUCCAUAGUUGGAAUCAAUACAUUCAUAUUCUCCUGAUUUCCGAGAUCUCAAGGUAUUUUUCAACCAUUUUCAUAUUCACCGAUACCUGAGGUUGUAAAGGGGUUAUCCAUCUGCCGGUC